AUGAAGUGCAUCGCCAUGAAUGAAGAAAGAUAUGCCAGGAGCAUUGAAUUACCUGGCUGUCCUGUUUUUCGUAACCUCAAAAAUGCUAAGAGGUUUGCAAUUGAUAUCGGUGGAUCAUUGACCAAGAUAGCAUACUAUUCCACAAUCAGUCACCGGAAGAUAUCCUACGGGAAGAGGGGAGGAGUGGGAGAUACAACCUUAAGCCACAGUGAUGAUGCUAUGUCUAGUGAUGAAGAAACUCAGUGGGAAGUCUAUGAAGGAGGAAGACUCCAUUUUGUCAAGUUUGAGACAAAAUAUAUUGAGAUGUGCCUGGAUUUCAUUCAACGCCACCUGGUGGGGAGUCGAGAGACUAUGACAGGGAAGAAGAUCAAGGUCACUGGUGGAGGUUCCUUCAAAUACUCCCAAGUUAUCCAUGAGAAACUUGGACUUUUGGUGGAGAAGGAAGAUGAGAUGGAGAGCCUGAUUCGAGGCUGUAACUUCCUAUUGAAGAACAUUCCUGAUGAGGUGUUCACAUAUCAUCGGCAUGCAAAUCCUGAGUAUUGCUUCCAGUUGUCCAGUCCUGAUGUCUUCCCUUAUCUUCUUGUGAACAUUGGAUCAGGUGUCUCCAUCAUGAAGACUUUGGAGAAGUCUGACUUACUCAAGUCUGACUUUGAAGGGAUAGUAGUGCAACUGGCCCCUGGUUUGGAUCUUCCUGAAGAUGCAUUAUUUGGCACCAUCACAGGUGACAACAUGUGGAAUCUGAAGAGAAGUAUGAGAGAAUUGGAGGAACAGCUACAGGUGGAGGAACAUUUUGGGGACUUGGAUCCUUGCUUACCUCUGCCAAGAUUCCUUGUUGCAACAAGGGAGGAUGAUGAGUGGGAUGUGCAACACCUUAAAGAGCUGUCAUUACAUGAUUACGCAUCACCACCCCUGUGCAAUCCACCCCUGUGGAUCAGUACAUUAGAUUCGGACACCUCCAGGAUCAGUUUGCUUCUGCAACCUCUACAGCAUCAGCAGUGCCUAGAGGAUGGAAAGUGUCAGCUCAAACCAUCUGGAAAACACUUACAGGCAGCAGAUCACGACAACCACUUUGUGCAUUUGUACUACAAGACCAGAACAGGCAACUUUGUUUGCAGUGGUGUCAGGCAUAGGCACCACCCACUGGCCAAGGUGCUAACUCAAUCAAGUCAAAAUUCUACUAAAAUAUAA